AUGGAGGAAGAGAAGGGAUUUGCGGUCUAUCAUAUAGUAGGAUACAAAUUCGAACAUCUUCGGAAACUUGAGAGUUGUUAUUUGGCCGAUCCAGUUGAUACUCCGCCUUACCCAUGUCAUACCCGCCGUCAGUAUUAUAUAAUAUUUUUAAUAUUCGAAAUCUUCGUUUCAAUUCUACAAUUCAAUCUGUUAAUUGCUAUGAUGACUAGAACUUACGAGGCCAUUUUCGAAACGAAAAAAGAAUGGAAUCGGCAGGUAAGUCAGGCUCGAAACUUCUUAAACUACAAGCUAUUAAGCGAUUCUAAUUUUCCUACACCAGUGGGCCCAAGUGAUCCUGAUUUGUCGUUAUCGCCAAAGGAAAGAUUAAUGCAUCUUUUGAAAUAUUCUCGCCCAACUGGAGUAAAUAAACGCAUCCGAAGUUACGUCGUCAGCAAAAAGAUAGGAGUGGGUGAUGGCUUAACUGAGGAUGAGGAGGUGCGAAAGCGUGAAGAGAAAGCAGAAGAGAUUCGAGAGGAGAAGCGUCAACUUAUGAAGAAGAAGAAUAGGGAACAAGAAAUCAAGGAGCAGGCCGUGCGAGCAAUGCAAACCACGGGAUCGGAAGUCAGAAAGCGAUGA